CACUUGUAGGAAAACAUCCCGGUUAGAGAACUCCAACUCCCAGAGUGCACCUCGGGCUCAGCUUAUAUUAUAUUGGUUCAUGGCGUCUGGUCGAGGGGUAAAGACAGGUCGCCUGCUGACAAACGGAUAGGCCGUUGACUUUAACGGUGUUGUGUUGACAGUCUCAAGACACCAUGGAGGUGGCGAGUGUUACGGUGGAGGACGAGAGGCGUCUGACCCAGCUGAGGUUCGAUGCCGCCGUCAAAGUGAUCAAGAGUUUGCCCCCGGAUGGUCCCUUUCAGCCGUCCAAUGACAUGAUGCUCAAGUUCUACAGUUACUAUAAACAAGCCACUGUGGGAGCAUGCGAUAUACCCCGACCUGGCUUCUGGGACGCCGUGGGCAAAGCAAAAUGGGAUGCGUGGAAUUCUCUUGGAAACAUGACAAAAGAAGAAGCAAUGGUGGCCUAUGUUGAUGAAAUGAAGCUGAUCCUGGAGGGUAUGCCCAUGACGGAUGAGGUGGAAGAGCUCCUGCGUGUCCUCGGCCCGUUCUACGAGCUGAUAGAGGAGAAGAAAAAGAUCUCGCAGAUCUCGGACCUGAGCACAGGCUUUGGCACAAUGUUGGGUUCAGCGCCGUCAAAGAGCGUCGCAAAGAGCAUCAUCAGAACGAUGGAAAUGAACGGCACCCUGGAGACUCGUCCUGCCAGGCUCAAAUCAAAGGAAGUGAAGGAAAUGUCGGAGGAAGAGGCACAAGAGGAAGAGGAGGAUGAGGAGGAUGAGGAGGAAGAGGAGGAGGAGGAGGAAGAAGAAGAAGAAGAAGUGAUAAGGGAGGUCGGAAAAGACAAGAAACCAGCUUCUCAGCCAAAGAAGAAAUCUUCAGCCAGGAGGCACAAAGCUCCCCUGGCGAACGGAAAAGUGGCCAAUGGGGUCACCCAUCUGACCAACGGGAGUCAUUCAAGGGUUGCCCUGAAAGACGAAGGCUCCCAGAAUGGUUCAGUAGGCGAGCCCAAUGGUCUGCUCAACGGUCACCACACAGAUCCCAGUGUCGAUGUGUCCAGCCCCAGUCACCUGGCCAGUGACUCGGACAGCGAAGUCUACUGUGAUUCUGUGGACCAGUUCGGCCAGGAAGAGAGCUCGGAGCAUAACCGCUCUCUGGACGACCUGGACGACGAGGAGAACCACGUCACGCCUCCUCUAGCGGAGCCGCAGGCAACGCAGGAGCUCCAGGAGGACGUUCACGGCACAGCGCAGGUCAUCCGGUGCGGAGGGGAGGACGGCGAGAACGGUGGAACGAUGUCGCAGAGGCAGAGACUGAAUGCAGGCGUGCCGGACAGCUCAGUCAGAAGAGGAAGAGGCUCCAAGUCUCCAGGCCCCGGCUCUGGAUCUCUGGUGCCCAUGUACGGCAGUGGAGACGGGGACAGGGACCGCUGGGGAGGAGCGGUGGCGCCCGGAGGGAGCCUGAACGAGCAGAUCGUCGUGGCGUUGGCGAGACUGCAGGAGGACAUGCAGAGCGUCCUGGAGAGGCUGCACACCCUGGAGGCUCUCACAGCGAGCCAGGCCAGAUCAAUGGCUCUGUCUCCAACUUAUCCAUCGACCGCCGUGAACAAGAGGAGUCAGAGACCAUCCUGGUGGCCUUUUGACAUUUCUCCGACCAGUCUGGCCUUCGCUGUUAUAUGGCCGUUUGUGGUACAGUGGCUCAUUCGCCUUUACCUGCAGAGGAGGAGCAGACGAAUCAACUAAACCUGCCCGAACACCCCCGGGUGUAGACGAUAAAGACGAGUCCCUAAAUGUCUUUGGUCUGGGCUGCUAAUGGCUGUAACUCCCCCCACACCUGCCUGCUUCAACAUCCAGCCGAGUAAUUUGCUUUUGCACUAUGAAGAAAGGAACGAGCGCGAGGACGGCGUCUCCUGAGUGUGUGUGGACGUGGAAUCAAAUAGAAACAUGAAUGUACAGGCUCGCGGGGAAAGCUUUUCCAAGAUACCACUGUACUUUUUUUCUCUGUAAGAAAUGUUGAGCAGGGGGGAACUGUUGUGAUGUCGGCAGCGGGUUCAUAAACCAAGUAGCUUCUCAAUAAUUUCCACAGCUUUAAGGCUUUGUUGCACAAAAAAAAUGGGCCUGACACUUUUGUUUUGAGCUUAACGUGGUUCUACAUCUUCCCCUCCCGAUUCACUUCCAUUAGUUGCCCAGGCAAUGCUGCUAUAAUAAAAAAUGUUGUAAUAACUGUAAUAGUUUAGAAGGGAGGAUUGAAUGUAUUAAUAUAUUCAUGUGAGAUUCUUUUUAAAUUCUGAGAAUAAGUUAGUAUUUAUUGCUUUUAGCAACAGUUACGAUGACGGCACGGCAGGCCAGAUUUCAGCUGUAAUAAGUGAGGUUUAUGUUUAAAGUGACUGCUACAUGUCGUGUAUAGUUUUAAACGAUGUCCAUAUCUGUCUCAGUGCUUUGGCAUUGUUUUUAUUCAAAUAUAGAAGAAGUGCCUCAACAUCAUAAGGUACAUUCAUUACUGUUAGGCGGCAUUAUGGUUUCCGACAUUCACAUAUUGUAGCAGAGCUGUUCCAACGCUGGACCAAAUAAUCAUUAAUCAUAAUACCUAGUGAGCCAUGAGGCGGUCAGCUAACGCGUCACUGUCGCUGUGUUGUUUACGCAGUCACGUUUUUUUCUAUAUUGUAUAAUUUUAACUGUGUGACGAUGUAAUGUUUGUACGAAUAUUGUGGAAAGAUUUUGUGUGAUUGAUAAGUAGUCCUGAGAUGUUUGCAACAACAGUUUGAGAUCUAUACAAAUUGUAUAAAAAUAGCUGUACAGAUCAGAUUAGAAUGCAGUAUUUUAAUUGCAUUCCCAUUUAAUUGUUAAUAUAGAAUAUAUAUAUAAAAAUAUCAUAUUUACAUAGGUUUGCAUCUGCAAUAGCACUAAUCUUUCCAGAGCCAUUAUGUUUUAAUAAACAAAUAAUAAGUUUACCUUUCUACUGAAAUGUACCAAGGCUUUCUCGCCCUCUCUGCCUGUGGAUAGAGUGGUGACUGCAUGUGAUAAUCUAAGCCUCAAAUAAAGUUUUCAUGAAGCAUUU